CGACGCCAUUAUACAAACACAAUCUAGCUGCAGUUUGAAAACCAAAGUCGCCAAAAUGGCGGACUUGGAAGCGGUUUUAGCUGAUGUUUCUUACUUGAUGGCCAUGGAGAAAUCGAAGUCCACUCCGGCGGCAAGAGCCAGUAAGAAAAUCGUGUUGCCUGACCCUUCGUAAGUCGAGAUAUCGUUUGCUUUUCUGUGCUCAUAGCUCAAUCGAUUUACCAGUUUUAUAUGCUGUGUCUUGUUGCAAAAUUAAUAAUCGAAUUUUGUUUUAGAGUAUACCACGUUAUGCACAAGUACUUUGACGACAAUUCUCAGUUAGAGUUUGAGUAUAUAUUCGAACAAACCAUAGGUAAGUCUCUUGUACAUUUGCGGGUAUAGUUGUGAAAAUGUAUUGUAUAUCUUAGUAAUAUACCGGUGUCUGAUAAUGUACACAAUGUCUCAUUGCCUUUCGUUGUUUAUAGCACCUUAGACGGCCUUUCAUUUGUCUAGUUAUACGAAACAGCUGCUAUUAUAAUAUGGCUGCCCUACUAGCCCUUCUUUAACAGGAUUUAUUUCGCUAUUGACCCGUGUUAUAUUUCUCAUUUAGGUUAUCUGUUGUUUAAAGAGUUCGGUGAAACUCAAUGUGAUGAGCCCGUGCCGCAACUUGCAUUUUACGAAGCGGUAAGAGCACUUUGCGAGCGAUCUAUUGUAAAACGAUGGCCCGUAAACUUUCAUUGUCUUGCUCACAGCAUCGAGGCGAUCAUGUCGUAGACAUCAACAUUGGGCUACCGCCUUGUCAACGCAAAUUGACACUGUAAAGCUUGUUAUUAAAUAUUCUUGCCCUGUUUUAUCUCAUCUUUAAACAUUGCUUUAUAUACGGAACCGAUUAUACUAAAAUCGUACACAGUGUCAGAGUAGAUAUGAAACCGUGAAUAGAUUCUCUAGCUCCUGAAUUGGUUCACAGGAAGCAGACGUUGUAAUUUGUACUUAAAAUCACUCGUAUCAUCGUUCCAUCUUUAUAUCGUCCAUAUUUUCACUUCCCGGGCGUUUUCAUCGGAUACAGUAUUCAGGAAAAAAAUAUAAAGCAAAAAUGUUCGAAAACUAAUUUGUUACAUUCUAUGUCACAAUUAUACUGUAUACUGAAAGACGGGUGGGUGUUAUAAACUAAAGUGCGUUUUAUAAAACCGUUUGUCCGUGUCGCCAAAACACUGUUUACAUUUUGCUCGCUACGUGACUUUUAAGCUAGGUUGGGACAGGAAGUGUUCUCAGAGUUUGAAAUUUAGUUUAUCUGUUCUUGUAUUUAUAAAUGAUGGACCAGCCCGAGAAUACUCUUAGUUCGACCAUCAAUAAUUUGCUUGCUCUCGAGAAUACUAGAAAAUCAAAAUAUGCGACAAAAGGCACUUGUGAACGCGAGCUCUGUGAAAACCGAAUGUAAUCUCGCAUGCCUUUUGCCGGCAAUAGCUCAUUUCAAUAAUAAUCAGUUUUGAUGUAAUUGCCUUUCGUUUUUUUUUUUUGCUUCUUUGAGCCCUUAGCUACAGCCCGUCAAAAUUCAGGCAUAUGGUCAGUUUACAAUCGUAUGUCUACAAAACGCGCGAAAAUGAAGUAGUUUCGACAAUGUCCUAUCUACCCAACCGUCCCUUUGCAAACAAAUCAAUAGUUAUUAGAAUGUUUGCUUGCAUCGUUUCAACCGUUAAAAGAUAGCCUCUGUCUUAUAUCAACUUGAAAACACUAAUAUACUAACAUUACUGCCUUUUUUUUUUGGGGGGGGGGCUAAAAUAAAAAUAAAUUAUAAAUAUACUUUACACAGACAAAAUUAUGAAUUGGGCUUGGCCCAAUAUCGCUAAAAAUGAUCAGUUUUUAAACGGCUGUUCAAAGCCUGUACAUAUUUUUCAUAUGUUCUGCAUAUUAAUUAAUAAUUCUGCACUAAUGGCUUCUUAUUGAAUAGCUAGCUUCUUAUUGAAUAGCUAGGCUUGAUUAAUUCUCAGGCUUUUAAUAACAGAGCAAGAAAAAAUAUGCCUAAAUUUACAAUAUUUUUACAAUCUGUAUAAAAAAAGAAAGAAUUUUUAGGCCAGGCCUGAAAUAUUGAUUAUUCGAAACCUUUGAUUUACAAACUUUAUACAUAAUGUAACAAUCAAAGUUGCUAUUCCAAAUUCAGAAUGCUGUUUCAGGAAAUGGUCUUGACACAUUAAAUGCUGAAGUGUGCUGAUUAGUUUCCAAUGUCCAAUGACAUGGAAAAAGUUUAAUAACCAAGCCUCUAAUGACUUUACAGAGGUCUAAUAUUGCCAGUGUUAUUUAGGUUGUACAAUUCUGAAAUGUAAAUUAACUUGACAAACUAUUAAAAUGUGUUAAGAAAGUCUGUCUUAGCUAAAGCCUGUCCUGCCAGCAAAAUCCAGUGCCCUUUGAUCUAUUGAACUAAAAAAAUUGUACUAUAGUGAGGCCCACCAAGGGUGUAACCCAGGUCGCUUGUCACUAAUUUUGUAGAGCUGCUUUGUCGCUUGUUUUAUUGUAAUAAAUGUUGCUGUCACUUUUGAUCCAUAACACAAAUCGCAAUUUGUCACUUUUUCCCAGUCAGUAGCUGUCGUUUGUCACUCUUUUUUAGAUAGUCUGUCACCUCUCUUUAAGCAAUGUCGCCUGUCAGUCAUAACCCCUUGGUGGGCCUCUACUGUAUUUGUAAAAUACUGAAAUAUUUUGACUCCCCUACUCAAUUUGAAUGCAGCAAACAUUUUUGGUUAUGUUUUAUGAAAUAAGGCACAAACGUUUUAAAUUUGUUUAAAUAAAUCUCCUUAGUUAUUGUUGCUAUGUUAUAUUGUCCAAUUGUCUGUUGCCAACUGAAAUCAUUAUAAUAAUUUAUUAUAUACACUUGCUUGUGUUAUAUUUAGCCCAGACUAUAUUGCAAUAUUAUUUUCUUGAUGUGUUUAUAUAUGUAUUUAUAUAUUUUUCCUUUGUUAAACCUGAGCUAAUCUGCUUGCAGUCAACAGCUGAGCCGGUCUGGCCUGUUUAACAAUGCAGCCUUGUAAACAACUUGAAUUUUUACUUGUAUUUACAUGAGAAAAUUUCUUUCAGCUUGCCAGGAUGAUAUUUUGACAGUUUCUGACAAAAUAGUUUGUGGUGUCUCAUUGUAUUUUUUUAUAAUGAUUCCUGAGUCAGCGUGACCAUUAAUGCGUUUUUGUAUGGGGAAAUGUUCAUCUUAGCUGCCAAGAUCUUUCCUGCUUCAAGUGAGAUUUUGGCAACUGAUGUCCAUACUAAAUUAAUAAAAUAUAAAGUAAUUUCUACUAUAAAAAUAGUAAUUGGACUGCAAGACCUCACUGCUGUUGUCUUGAGAUCAAGUUGCCAUGCUAAAUGGAACAGACUGGGUUCCAUACAUGGGCGUACGGGACCAGUCAUAUUUGGGGGGGAGGCACAGUAUAUUUUGCCCAAAGAAGCAAGCUUAACAUUUUAAGGGGGGGGGAGGUCACUAAAAUAUUUUGUUGGGACAGACCAAAAAAAAAUUUUCGGAACAUACCAAAACAAAUUUUCCAGACAUACCCAAAAACUUGCCAGGAAACAUAUGAAAAUUUUGGCGGACAUAAAAAAAUUUUCCCUAACAUCACGUAAUUUUUGCAACUAUACAAAAAUUUUUUCACUGCAUAUCAUGUUUUUCCGAAAUUUUUAUGUUUUGCCUGAAUGUCGCAUUGAUUUUUGCCCGACCGCAGAAAUUUUUGGGGGGCACAUGCCCUCCCAGCUCCCCGGCCCAGCCUAUGGUUCCAUAUAAACAGCCCCCAAGAGACAACAAAUCCUUUUGAUUUGUUCAGAUCAAAGAGUACAUGAAGCUGCAGACGGUUGAAGAAAGGUUGACAAAAGCAAAGGAGAUUUUUGAUGAUUUCAUCAUGAAAGAACUGCUCUCUUGUUCUCAUGUAAGUUUGAUUCAAAUUAUUGAAGCUUACAAAGUCAAAAUUUCCCUAUGGGGGGGGGGGGAGUUGAAGCCUCCCUACUGCAUAUGCAUAUCACAAUGCAUCAGCCACAAAUUCUGUUGGAUCCACAUCAUCUGCCCCAAUAUAGGAUCCCUCUGUUAAUUCCCCCACAACACACACUCAUCCAAAGGUAGAUCUGGUAGCUUGACAUUUUAUAAGAUUUCUAUUAUUGAUUUUGCGUGGGACAUACCCUCUCUCCUCCACAGAGGCUUUGAGUUGCUAUUAAAAUGUAUGUGCUAGAUAGUAAUGUUAGAGAGAUAUGCACUCCCCCCCCCUGGCACUCUCCUUGCCCGUGCUCCGAAUUUUAGCGGUUUCCUCGUUACAUAUUACCGUCUAGUGCAUAAGUCUCUAACAUCACCGUCUAGUGCAUUUAUUUUAAUAGCAACUCAAAGCCUCUGUGGAGGAGAGAGGGGCAUACCCCUCUUACAGUGUCAAUGAGCUCCACCCCCCUUCCUUCCCAAAGGCGGCAUCCACUGUACAAAGCAAAAUGUCCUUGAUACAUGAGGAUUUUUACGGCAGCAUUUGUUCGUGUCUCUCAUUGCAUUUUACAAGGGUAUCCUCCUCAAAUGCAAAAGGAUGAAUUCCUUCCCCUUUGCCAGAUGAGUCCAGAUCAACCCUCCAUGCCUUUGAUGUAAAAAUUGAAAUGUUUUUUUUUUUGCAACAGAAUUUCAGCCUGAACUCACUGGAGCAUGUAAAAAACUUGCUUUCUAAAGGACAAGCACCAGCAAACCUUUUUGAGGUAAGCCGGUGUACAAGGCUUGUAGUUCCUAGAAAUGGGAUAUGAGAAAUUUCCAGUAUUGGAAAACCGGUUUUUAAUCAUUGUUUAAUUUACGUUAUUUCUUUUCAGCCUUACACAGUCGAAAUAAAAAAUAGUCUUUGUGGUUCAAUAUUUAAAAAGUUUCUGAAGAGGUAAUGGUAACAUCAUGGAUAAUAAAAUAAAUUGGUAGGACUCUAGCUGACGUUGCAGUCUAAACCUAGUUAAAAUCUGUGACGUCACACGUAUUGCCAAAGUUCUUGGCUUUUUUGUUGUUUCGCUAUAUUUCCGCUUUAAAAGAGUAAUAUUGAAGCAUAAACUGGUCUAAUUGUUUUAAAAACAUGCCCAAGCCAUGACAAAAUAUUUAAGGUAAAUGUUUUUUUUUGUCUUUGUUUUGUAUUUUUUUACAUUUGCACCUACGAAAUUGGCGUCACCAAUUUUAACGAAAUUUGGGAUGCAUUUUUCACUGUUUAGUGCUUGAAAUAUUUGCUAAAAUUGACUGGAAAUACUUAGAGAUUUCAUCGUAGAAUGGCGUAGUUAUAUUUAUUUGCUCUUUGACUAAAAUGUUAGCUGUAUUAUUGCUAAACAUGCCGUUUUUGAGAAUUUGGUUUGCAACCAGGUUUCAACAUCCAACCACGCCAUCAUCCCAUUGAAAACAUUAGGUCACGUCAGCUAGUGUCCUAUCCAUUUAUUUUAUUAUCCAUGGUAACAUCAAUUUUUACAUGAUGCGUUGUUGUGUCAAUUUUCUUUUUGACCACCGAGUGAACUUAUGAUAUUUUACUCUUCAGUGACAGAUUUAUUCGCUACACACAGUGGAAAAAUGUGGAAUUCAAUCUAAAUGUAAGUUUGUAAGCUAUUGCUGUACAAUCCUAUAUUAUGCACCCCUUUUCUACCAAGCCUCUGGGAGCUGCUUUUAAUUAGCCUUUCUCAUGCCGCCAUUUUUGGGUGGCAUUUGAGCCGAAGUCUACAAGAUAAGUCCACAUAACGGUGACUUCUUAUAAUUUUUUUGACGAAUGAUGGUAAAUUUGCUUUGUAAAUGGUUAGUUUAUUUUGAAAAAUUACUUUUCACAUUGUUUUAAUUGUCUGCAUUGGUUAACGAGAAUUGGAUGCCACCCAAAAAUGGCGGAUAUUCAUCAUCGUGAGAAAGGCUAAUGUAUUCAUUUUCCCGAAGAGUUUUGUUAACCUGCAUUUCUUACUGCAUUGCAGCUAAAUUCAUAAGCGCCCCCCCCCCCAUCUCUCUAUUUAUCCCUCUCUCCAAUAAACUUUUCCCCAUCUCCAAAUAACUUCCAUCUCCGAUAAGACGAUAGCUCUAUCUCCAACAAGCCCCCAUCUCUAAUAGUGCCACUCCCAUUAUAUUACAUUAUUAUUCACCUCACUCCCCAUUGGGGCUUUUUAGUGACUGAUUACAUCAAGUAUUACGCUCAUGUUACUUACACGGCAAAAAAACGCAGAGCCCGCUGCUCAACAGGAUUGAACAAUGUUUUGCUGCCCACGUUGUUCACACUUUCAACAAUAUUGAACAAUAUUGUUGAGCCUGAAUGGGGUGUAACAAUAUUGUUCAAUAUUGUUGACAACUGUGAACAAUGUGGGCAGCAAAACAUUGUUCAAUCCUGUUUUCAUAAAUAUUGCAUCAACCUGAGCGUUUUUACGCGACACGUAAAAAUUGAGAAAAUCAACAACUUGUUCCAGGUUGAUAUCAACAGGUGUAAACAAGGUUGUGCGGCCCACUACGAACAGUAUUGUCAACAUGUUGUUACAGCAUUGUUCAACUGUAACAACUUGGAACAACAUGGUUGACAACUUGUUCAUAGUUGACCGCACAACAUUGUUCAUGCCUGUCGAUAUCAACUUGGAACAACCUGUGCAUUUUUGGCCGUGUAGACUAUUUAUCUUUACAACAAUUGAGAUAUUACUUUCCUAAUUGUGUUUAUCCUAACCCACCCCACCAACUUGCCCUGUGGGAGGAAACCGUAUCUCCAAUAAGCCCCCCUCUCGAAUAGCCUCCACCAAUUUGGCUCUAUUUUAAUUUGUCUGCACCAGAAAAAUUUACUUUCAAGGGGAAAAUGCUGGAUAUUAGUGGGCUAAUUAAACUAUUUUCUAUUUAAAAAUUUUAGCUUGUGAUGAACGAUUUCAGCGUGCACAGAAUUAUUGGCAGGGGUGGUUUUGGCGAGGUUUAUGGAUGCAGGAAAGCUGAUACGGGGAAAAUGUGCGUAGAUCUGGUGGUAUUAAGUGAUUGUUUGGUUGUCUGAUUAUAGUUUCACUUCAGUCACAUGUGAGAAGAGUGCUUCCAACUUUAUUCUACCAAACACCUCUCCAUGAGGAACUCUGGUUUUCCUCUGUGAUAACACUGGAACGUACAAUAAAUGGUGGCAGUUACUCGACCUCUAGACGGUUCAGAAAUGAUAGUUUAGAACUGACAGAGCUACCUAAUUUAUGAUAUUUGCUGUUUUGGUGUAAUGUACUCAGGUGAAUAAGAUGCUUGUGUGAUGUUACUCUGAGUGUAUAUCAGGCUUGAAAAAUAUGCCUGGCCACGGUGGGAAUCGAACCUACGACCAUUGGAAUACUAGCCCAAUGUUCUGCCAACUGAGCUACGCGGCCAGGUCGCACUCAGAGUAACAUCACACAAGCAUCUUAUUCACCUGAGUACAUUACACCAACACAGCAAAUAUCAUGAUUAUUAGAUUAAACUGAUAUCGAAGGAAGUAGACUCAGUUCCGAAAUAUCGCAUACUCGAACCGACCUGACCACGUAGCUCAGUUGGCAGAGCAUUGGGCUAGUAUUCCAGAGGUCGUAGGUUCGAUUCCCACCGUGGCCAGGCAUAUUUUUCAAGCCUGCCUGGUGUGAAUAUACACUCAGAGUAACAUCACACAAGCAGCUAUCUAGUUUAGUUUAGGUUUUCUCCCGUGGUAACACUGGAGAGAUGAUCCUUACUGGACCUCUAGGAUGAGAACAGUUUAUAACUGAUAGAACGAUCAUUCAGGGCAGAAAAAAUAAUUUUCUUCCUGGGAGCACAACCUGGAGACAAAAAUUUCCUGCAGACCAACGGAGUAUUUUUGUGCUAAAUCUGCAUGUGCAUAAACAUAUAGUGCUCUAGCUGACCAUGGUUUUAAAUUCAAGGAAUAACGUCUGCCAACCAUAUGUUGUUGCGCCCAUAGUGGGACAUAUGGGUGUUAAGGUUUCCUUCAAAUUUUCAAUACCAAAUCUUCAUUCAAACAAAUAUCCUGCAGCUGUUUAACAUUUCCUGCGAGCAGUGCUUGCGUGCUCGUCAAUUUUUUCCAGCCCUGAAGCUGCAUAAAUAAAUAUGCUUGAUUAUGGUUUUGCAAAUGCUUCCAAAUAUAGGUACGCAAUGAAAUGUUUGGACAAGAAACGUAUCAAACUAAAGCAAGGAGAGACGCUUGCCUUGAAUGAAAGGAUAAUGCUGUCCCAUGUAAGAAUGAAUUUUGUAUACAGAUGGUUGAUGGUGUCACUGAGCCACAGAAUAAGGCACACAGAAGGGCCACCCUGGCCGCCAUCUUCCUAGCCAGUCGAUUACAUUUUCUGGCCAAUAAACGCGCUGUAUUGGCUGGAGGCCCCGCCUUCUGGCCAGUCAAUUGCACAUUUUUGCAUAGAAAAAUGGUGACACGUUGCACCGCUGAGUGGCCCUUCUGGUAACGCCAUAUUUACAGCCAUAUAAGCAAAACUUACUGAACUUCAGACAUCAUUUUUUCUUUGGCGUAUCAUCUAAAAUCUCUUCAUUUUAGCAUUAUUUACAGAUAAAACACUAAAUAUACUUUUUUCAGUUUGUUUUCCGAUUGAGAAACGUAUCGAAAAAUAAAAAUUUUGAAUUUAGUCAUAACCUCAAGUGGAAUAUUAUACGAAUUAGUUUUGAGCGCGUGUUACGUAACAUACAAAAAUCUCCUCUUAAUGAAUAGACAACUUGCAUGUUAGACAAAUUUUUUAUCUAACCGAUCUAGGCAAAAAAAAAGUAAAUUCCCGUUUAUAAGAACUUAUUAAAAUUAGUAAACUUGCAAAAUUUGGUUGCGAAAUGUUGUAAAGCUUGGAAAAUAUAGCCUUGCAAAGUUUGCAUAUUUUCAGUAUAUUUGUAUUACGUGCGGAAAUUGUUACCAUUUUUGAGCCGAAAAUGGUAACAAUUUCCAUUCGUAAUACAAAUAUACUGAAAAUAUGCAAACUUUACAAGGCUAUAUUUUCCAAGCUUUACAACAUUUCGCAGCCAAAUUUUGCACUUUUACUAAUUUCAGUAUGUUCUUUUUAGCUGUGGUGUUUGAUUCCCUUUUCUAUGCUUAGAUUAAAAUUUAGUCUAACAUGCAAGUUGUCUUAAAGGGUACUUGACACAGAGAUGAAUUGGCUAUCACUGUUUCAAUUUCACAGAAAAACUUUCUUACGAAGUGUAGACCCUAAGCAACCAAAAAAUCUCACAUUUUCACUUUGAUCUAUCAUUGAAACUCACCUCUACUGAAACCCACCAAUGAUGCGUUCCUCUUCUUCCCUCCUCUCGUUCCUAGUCUUCAUUUAAAUCCUACAACUCUCUAACUGCUUUUCGUUCAGGUGAACAGUCCCUUCAUUGUAUGUAUGACCUACGCUUUUCACACGGCGGAUAAAUUGUGUUUUGUUCUGGAUCUCAUGAAUGGUAAGAAGAAACAUAAACGUGAAUUCGAGCAUGGAUGAAUGAAUGAAUCCCUGUGUGAACCGUACGUAUUUGUGUUCGGUUCCGAAUUAGUCCGGUGUCAGUCGUCGGGUUUAUAUUGCACCACUCCACCAGUCUGUAAUAGACAAUUCCUAUUAUAGACUAAUUUUUUGUCUUGGAAAAAAGUAUAUUCCCAGAAAGAGCAUACUAAAAUGAGUAAAAUUGCAAAGUUUGGUUGCGAAAUGUUGUAAAGUGCGGAAGAUAUAUUUGGUUGCGGAAAAUAUAAAAAUAUGCGUGCGGAAAUUGGCAAUUCCUACCACAUUUGGGCCAAAAAUGGUAGCAAUUUCCGCACGCAAUACAAAAGUAUACAAAAUUUGCAAAUUUUGCAAGGCUAUAUUUUCUGCAUUUUACAACAUUUCACAACCAAACUUUGCAAUUUUACUCAUUUUAGUAUGUUCUUUCGAGCCGUGGUGACUUAUUUGCAUCUCCUUGCCUAGUUUUAAAAUUAGUCUAUAAUGGGAAUUGUCUAUUAGUUUUUUUGUCUUUCCAGGUGGGGAUCUCCAUUAUCAUUUGUCACAACAUGGUGUCUUCAAAGAAGACGAGGUUUGUAAAAUACAGUGAACGUUGUGCGUUAGUAAGAAUAUCACGAUAAUAUGGCUUGGAAACAAUGUUUCCAGGUUUACCCACCCUCAGGGAAACAUGGCUAGGAAACAGUAUUUCCUAGUCUAAUGGACCUAUUCCCUAAUGAACAAAAUUUUGAUCUAGACAAGUCUAGACAAACAUUUCGCCACAGCUUGAAAGAGCGUCACAAAAUUAGUAAUAUUUCGACGUUUCGUUGCGAAAUGUAAAAUGUGGAUAAUAUAGCACUGCGAUGUUUGCCGUUUUCAGUCAUUUUGUAUUACGCACGGAAAAUUGAUUCCGCUUUCUGUGAAAGGUAUCAAUUUCCCGUACGUAGUACAAAAUGACUGAACUUCGCAGGGCUAUAUUAUCCGCAUUUUACAACAUUUCGCAACGAAACUUCGAAAUAUUACUAAUUUUGUGAUCCUCUUUCAAGCCGUGAUAAAAUAUUUGUCUAGACUUGUCUAGAUCAAAAUUUUGGUCAUUACUACAUUAGGUAUAAAUAGGGUCCAUUAGCCAUCUUAGGAAAAUCUGGCUAGGAAAGAAUGUUUCCUGGGCAGUCUAUACCUUCAGAAAACAGGGCCACGAUAUAUUGUUGCCUGGUUUGGUUCACCUUCAGAAAACACGGCUAGGAAACGAUAUUUCAGCAACAAUGUUUGUUAGCUUGCCCAUAGCUUUAAGCUUAAGCGUCAUAUAUGUUUGCGUUUAUUUCAACAGGUGCAGUUUUAUGCGUGUGAAAUAGUUCUUGGUUUGCAACACAUGCAUAGCAAGUGCAUAUGUUACAGAGACUUGAAGGUACGUCAAUUAUGAUGCACACUGGGAAAAAUAUCGAGUAAAACUCGAGCUAGAAAUGAUAUUGUGUCUUUAUUUUUACAAGGAGUGAUAAAACUCAGGGUCUGAAAAAACAGUUGUGAUAAACUAUUGUGGCUUUAUAUUCAUAAUAAGAAAUCGUCGUGCUGAUGGGGAUACAACUACAUACGUAAAAACCUCACAACUUGUCAACAAGAUGUGUUCACAACAGACUUGUAGCAAGCUUGUCAACAAGUUGUAACAAUGCUGUUAUUUUAUCAAGUUGUUACAAGGUUGUCACUCACAACUUGUCAACAAGAUGCGUUCGCAACAGACUUGUAGCAAGCUUGUCAACAAGUUGUAACAAUGCUGUUAUUUUAUCAAGUAGCAACAAGCUUGUCACUCACAACUUGUUGACAACAUUGACGAAUUGCAGGACGAUAACAAGUUGUUGGAACAACUUGUAACAAGUCUGUUGAGCUCAACAACCUUGUAGCAAGUUGUCAACAAGCUCGAAACAAGCAGUGUAAACACAUCCUGUUGGCAAGUUGUUGGAACAGCAUUGCUACAAGUCUGCUGUAGCUUUGUUACAACUUGUGCGUUUUUACGUGUGUACUUGAGAAAUAGAAGGAGAACUUCGACGUUUCGAGUGAGGGCCCUUCGUCUCGAGAAGUUCUCCUUGUAUUUUUCGGGUAGUUGUAUCAAUAUCUGCAGCUUUCUUAAUGUCCCAUAAAUAUGCCGCGUAACAUGACAUAUUUGAUGCCCACUGGAAACUCGAUGUCCACUGGAACAUCAAAGCCAUUGGACAUCGACUUUCCAUUGGAUAUCAAUUGCAGUUCACCUCCAAAGCAUGGCAUAGCUGAUAUAUUAUUGGCACUACGUCAAGAUGAUAUUCAUGAUAUUAGCCUGAUUUGUACUGCACGCAGAAUAUCCGACACGACACAUCAUGUGUCAGAUAUUCUGUCAGAUGUAUCCGUCAGAUGUAUCGAUCAUAUGUCAGACGCAUCAUCGGUCAGAUGUAUCCGUCAGAUGUAUCGAUCAUAUGUUAGACGCAUCAUCGGUCAGAUGUAUCCGUCAGAUGUAUUGAUCAUAUGUCAGACGCAUCGUCGGUCAGGUGUAUCCGUCAGAUGUAUCGAUCAUAUGUCAGACGCAUCAUCGGUCAGAUGUAUCCGUCGUAUAUAUUAUAACCAUCAGACGAAUCGCUCGUCUUUAUUUUUACGGGUCAUUAUUAAUCCAACACUUAAUCCAUUUUUAGCCUGCAAACAUUUUGCUGGACGAGCAUGGUCACGUGAGGAUAUCAGAUUUGGGCUUAGCGUGUGACUUUAGCAAGAAAAAGCCUCAUGCGAGUGUGUAAGUACGACGCCAUUUAACCGUAAUUUAGUACGACGCCAAGUAAACUGGCAACCUCUACGUACUUUUUCUGAGUGUGUUGUUGGCACGUUGUUGGGACCGGAUCUGUCUUGUCUGGAUCAGCAGCUAGGAGUUUUCUUCUCUGAAGUGGAAUGGAAUGGAAAAACUUUAUUUAAACAGGGUGGCCCUUUCAGCACGAAGGCUGGUAUCCAUAGGAGCCCUGUGUCUAGAUAUAAGCUAUUUAUAGGAAUUACAUUUUAAGGUAUGAUAAAUAAAAGUACAAAAUAUUGUCGUAAUCAGUCCCGUCACUUCCAUGUUCCACAUCAAUAAGAAAGCUCAUUACACACAAUUCGUACGAGACGUGCGAAAGUGUGAAUGGACUCAGCCUUCAUCACGUGAUCAGGGAGCAUAUUAUAAACCUGCACCCCACUGAAGAUAGCCUGCGAACAGGCUCUCAAGCUGAAUUGAGAGCCUGCAUCGAUGACUAAUGAAUUUGAAUAUCUGCCCCGUAACGUUCGUUUUUCCAAAUAUGGAAUGUCUAUCCUUAUAUGGUGUUGUUUACAACUUUCGUGCAAACUAAAUUUAGACCAUUCAAACUAAAUUUAGACCGUACAGUUUAUACUGUUUUUCGAAAUAUAAGAUAUUGAAGCAAAAGUUUAAAUGUUUUAAAUACUGUUUUCUCAAAACAGAACAUUUCGUGCUUUGAGAUAAGAUGGCCAAGACCAAUUUGAUCAGUUAAUGUGUUUUUUAUGCAUAGUGCUUAGCAGUUGACAUAUAUAGAGCUCAGCGGAAUAAUAUAAAUUAUAGCAUCUGACCAAUGAGAAUUUCGCGUCACGAUUUGAGACGCAGAUAUUCAAAUUCAUUAGUCAUCGAUGCAGGCUCUCAAUUCAGCUUGAGAGCCUGUUCGCAGGCUACACUGAAGAUAAAAGUAUUUUUUCCAAAAUUAUAUUUAACUUUGGGAAGUAUUAGCCUAUUUUUGUGUCUAGUAUUGUAGCUAUGUACAUUACUAAAUUUCUUAAAAUAAUUUAAAAAAUAAUUCGGGACUAAAGAAUGUAGACAUUUGUAAACUAAUAUAGCUUUAUAGUAAGAGCGUCUACAGUUCAAUGAAGACCAUUUUAAUUUUUCCAUCGCUUCGGAUGAUCUUUCACUCAGUGUUAUAAUUCUUGCGGUGCGAUGUUGCAAUCGCUGUAAUCUGUCCUCGUCUUGUUGCAGAAGGCUACUCCAGGUAAUGUCACAGUAAUCGAACACAGGCAGGAUAAUACCGUUGUAAACAUGUAUCGCUGCUUUCUCCGUUAGAAAUGUUCUAAUACGCCGUAAGACAUUAACUCGUACUGCAACCUUUUUGUAUACAUGAUCCGCUUGAUCUUUCCACGUCAUAUGACUAUCGAAUACUACACCUAAGUACUUAAAAGUGAUAACACUUUCGAUACAUGACCCGAAGAAGUUCACGGUAAGAGCUCUGUUUCGUUCACCGUGCCUCUGUGAGCAGAACAAAAUACACUUGGUUUUGUUGAUAUUCAGCACCAGGUAAUUAUCUUUCAACCACUCAGAUAAGCAAUUUAAAUCUUCAUUGAUGUUAUCAUUCACCACAUCAACCGUCGAGGCCGCAAAGUAUAUUGCUGCAUCGUCUGCAUACAUACUGACUGAGCAGCUUCGCAUACAAGAUGAUAAAUCAUUGAUGUAAAUGAUAAAUAAUAACGGGCCAAGAAUUGACCCUUGCGGGACCCCACAAGCGAUAUCCAGCUCUUCAGAUCUAUGCGAAUCAAUAGUUACAAACUGCUUCCUUGCGCAGAAGUAAUCCUUAAACCAUGAUAGACUUUCAUUGGGUAAGUUUUGAAAUAAACAGACGUGCAGAAAUACAUAAACUAAAACAGCAGGUUAAAGUUUAACCCAGGGUUAGCGCUAAUCCAGCUUUGAACAACCGGCCCCUGGAGUAAACCUGGUGUAUUUGGUAGAGUCAAACUGGAAGCACCUUUCUCAUAUGUAACUGAGGUGAAAAUUAUAAUCAGACAACUGUAUAUUGCAGGAAUCAAACUUCGGCCGCGGAAGUGAAAGACAGAUGCACUUGAUGGAUCUCUAGGUUUUCACCUGUAGUGGACCAACAAGAGAUGAUCGUUACUGGAGCUCUAGAGAGCAGUUUCAGUCAAACCGGAUGUUCUCUUGCGAGCAACAUUGCUAUAUUGUCCCACAAUAUUGCAAUUUUAUAGGCAGAUUGCUCUGAGCAAUUUGCAAGCGACGCGAAAUUCACAAACGAUUCAAAGCCUCUGGUUGGACUAUAAGAAGAAGGGAAGAUUCAAUCCAGGUGCUCAGACUAUUUGAUUGGCUUCGUUUUUGCUAAUAGUCCAAUCAGAUUGGCUUCCUUUUUGCUGAUAGUCCAAUCUUUUGUGAAUUUUAACUUCCAAUUUGUUCGCGUUCCAAUUUCUGCCUAUGUUGCCCGCAAGAGAACAUCCGGUUUGACUGUAAACCUGACAGAGCUGUCCAGUGUAAAUAUUAUAACUUAGUGGCAUUUACACUUCUAUUUUGUUUUGUUUUCAGCGGGACUCACGGUUACAUGGCGCCAGAAGUUUUAAAAAAGGGCGUGGCAUACGACUCGUCCGCUGACUGGUUUUCAUUGGGUUGUAUGUUGUAUAAACUACUAGUAGGGUAGGUAUAUAUUCCUGUAUUAUUCAUAUAUUCGUGCAUUAUUUUUACUUUUUUAGUAUUGAUUUUAGUGAUCAUUAAUGUUCCAUGUCUCAAUUAAUAGGCAUAGUCCCUUUCGACAACACAAGAUCAAAGAUAAACAUGAAAUAGACAGAUUAACUUUGACGAUGGUAAUUCUAGUUACUUGCUCGAUUAAUACACCCUUCUGGAAAGCAUUUCACUUUGGCUAUAGAGCCUCGUUUUCAUGUAUGUGACAUUAGCCAAAGACCAACGUCUCAAUCGUGAAAACGAGGCUUUAUAACAUGGUGCCGUACUUUCCGAAGAAUAUAAUAGGGAGUUUAAUAGACACCUUAAGAUUGACGUUUACGGCAAACGUCAAACCGCUAGCGAAGUUUUUGAUUUUACAACUUUAUUAUAAUAGUUUUUCCACCAGAUUCCACCAGUAAAUUAAGAUUUAGCGUUUGAAGUUUACGUUUGGCGUAUAAAUUUCAUGCUUUAACGACGACAAGCCCUGGUAGCAGUUCAAGCAUGAAAUUUAUACGCCAAACGUCAACUUCAAACGACAAAUCUUAAUUUACUGCUUUGGUGAAUACAUGACUAGUGGUUAAUUUGCUUUCUUGAAUCAUUGCUAAAGAGCAGAAGUUUAAUAAUUGCUUAACAUAUUUCAAAACUGGUGUAAAAGCUAUUAUAUAAUAGAGUUGUAGGCCUAAAAUAAAAAACUUCGCUAGCGGUUUGACGUUUGCUGUGAACGUCAAUCAUAAGGUGUCUAAUGUUUACGUUUCCGGGAACGGCAAACAACAGGUUCGAACUUUCUUGGCAAAAUUUUCGUUAAACGUUUUCGUUUCAUAUUUUCUUUCUUGCGUCGAAAGAAUAAUUAUGUAUUUCAGUUUUAAAACAGCAAGUUCAUUUGCUCUUUAUUGCCUGAUACCGUAAAAAAUUUCUUUGCCUGGCGUUCGACGUAUAAACCAAUGAUAAAAAGUAUCUCAAAUAAACAACCAAACAUUAUCAUAGAAAACAAACCAAUUAAACAAGUAUAUGAUUGCAAAACUCUUGGAGUGACUGUUGACCAGCAUUUGUCUUGGAAGAAUAAUACUGAAACAAUUUGCAAGAAAAUAACAUCCGGGAUAUCAGCUCUUCGUCAAAUAAAAGAAUUUGUUGAGAAAGAUACACUUGUCUCUGUGUAUAAUUCUAUUGUCCGCCCAUACUUUACAUAUUGCUGUGAAGUAUGGGAUGUGUUUGGUGAAACACAAUCAAAACGCCUCCAAAAGCUCCAAAACAGAGCUGCUCGAAUCAUAAUGAAUAUGAGCAAUGAUGUAGAUCAUCUGGUUGCUUUAGAUGCUUUAGACUGGAAGCCACUUAAAACGGAAAGAAUAAAGGCUAAGUCAAAACUGAUGUUUAAAUUGUUGAAUAAAAUGGGUCCUAAAUCACUUACUGAUUUAUUUACUUUCAAAAGUGAAAUGACAAAUUAUAAACUUCGAGAUGUGGAAAGUACUCUUUGCUUACCACAGCCGCGUACAAAUAGCUUGAAAAAAAGUUUCAUGUUUGACGGGGCACACAUUUGGAAUUCUUUACCAACCGAAAUUAGAGAGAGCAACUCCAUCAUGUCCUUUGAAACUAAAAUCGCUACUCACAUUUUUGAAUAGCAUUAUUAUUGUUAUACUUAUAUAAUUAUGUAUAUAUAUAUAUAUAUAUAUAUAUAUAUAUAUAUAUAUAUAUAUAUAUAUAUAUAUAUAUAUAUAUAUAUAUAUAUAUAUAUAUAUAUAUAUAUAUAUAUAUAUAUAUAUAUAUAUAUAUCUUACUGUAUGUAAUAUCUUACUAUAUACUAUAUCUUUGUAAUUUUAUUAUUUUACACGCCCCUUGUGGAAAUCAGCCUAGGUUGACAAUGGUUAGCGUGUUUAAAUAAAAGUUUCUAUCUAUCUAUCUAUCUAUCUAUCUAUCUAUCUAUCUAUCUAUCUAUCUAUCUAUCUAUCCAUAACGCGAAACUUAAACUCUUUAUCUUUUACAUUUGAAAUUUCCAUCUAUAAAACCUUUUAACAGUUGUUUGUUUUUCAUUUUCUCAUUCUUGACAGGAUGUGGAAUAUCCUGAUCAUUUCUCAAGUGACAUGAAAAGUUUACUGCGUGGUCUUCUUCAGAGAGAUGUUUACAGGCGUCUUGGCUGCAAGGCCAGAGGGUACGUAUUUCUGCAUUCAUGGGGACGAUCCAUCCCGUCCAUCGUUUAGCGAGGGCGGGAACGCGGCGCCGAACAAAUGAACCAAAUGUUGCAGAAGAAGAGCUGUCGUCUAUCAUCCAUCGUAUGAAAAAUAAUACAGUUUGAGGUUAACACAGGGUUAAUGAUUGAGAAAAGUUCUAGGACCCAAUUGAAAGUAGCACUUGUCCCAGCUUGAAAUGUGAGCGUUGUAUACAAGACGUGAUAAUCUGUAUUGUGCCGUUGUAAAAACAGCGACGGCAACGUCUAAAACUUCUGUAGUGGGAUUUUAAAUGUUCAUUUCUGCUCAUUUUCUUGCAUUGCUCGUUUGCAAUCGACGCCAUCUUGGUUGAUUUUCGUGGCAACUAAAAAUCUAUAUUCUUCAUUCUUUGUCGUAUUGUGCCAGAAAUCGUAAACUAUCCAUAAUAACUAUUUCGAUGUAAACGGCUGGACAAAACUUUAAAAUCAACCAAGAUAGCGCCUAAUUACACGUAGUGACGUCAUGUCGUAGGUUCGAUUCCCACCGUGGCCAGGCAUAUUUUUCAAGCUUGCCCCGUGUGGAUACACACUCAGAGUAACAUCACAAACAUCAUAUUCACCUGAGUACAUAACACCAAUACACAAAAAAAUCAUGAUAUUAUUAGCCGUCCUCGUUCCACUUUCGCCCGGCCUGUUGACGCUCUUUAUAGCAGUAAUUGUUUAUAAAUUUAAAAGUGUAAAAUUCAAAACUGUUUUUUGUCACGUUCGCGUACUAGAUAAAGCCUCGCUUAAGUUCGCUUUUGUCUUCUUCAUACAUCUGUUUCCCAUGUUUAUAGACGAAUUAUCAGACCAACUAUCUUUUCUUUGCCCAAGUUCAUCCAGACAUCAUCCGUCUCUAGUAUUAAUCCAGCCAUAGUUGGAGAGUUUUGCGUUAUUUCCAUCUACAAAAUCCUCCAACUAUUAUUGAAUCGAGUGAGAUGCUAACAGAAUCUUGUUAUUUAAUCCGGCCCUUGCUUGAUUGAAAUUUUUAUUAUGAAAUCUUGUUUCUUUUAGAGCGGAUGAAGUGAAGGAUCAUGAUUUUUUUAAAAACACUGAUUGGCUGACAGUCGAGUUACUCAAGGUAACCUGAACCAUGGCCUAUCGAAGGGAAGAUGACUGUGAAACUCAUUAGAAUAACAGUAUCAUUAUCUAUGUUAGUCAACAUUUAUUCAUAAAUGUGAUCCUUCACCGUCACGUGUGUAUUGUAUUUUUGCCAAAUCCACCAAUAGCAGUUUCCAAUUUCCCCUAUUGUCCGAGUCACGGAUAGGCAACUUUCCUAAAACAUUGCUAUUUGUUAGUUGGGCAAAAAUACAAUACACACGUGACGAUGAAGAACCGGAUUUAUGAAUAACGUUGACUAACAUGGAUACUGAGUUAUAUUGUUAUUCUAAUGAAUUUCACAGCCAUCUUAGGUGAUAGGCUGAUAGGCUAUGCUUGAACAGACAUCAGAAAGUAGUUGAGUUUCAUGGUGAUAUACGUACAAUUAUCAGAAACUAAUUUCACUAACAUUUAUCAUUUCAGUUAAAACCUCCGUUAGUGCCUCCCAGGGGUGAGGUUAACGCCGCUGACGCGUUUGACAUCGGCUCGUUUGACGAGGAUGACGUCAAAGGGAUCAAGCUCUCUGAUAGUGACCAGGAAAUCUACACAGCUUUUAAUCACGUGAACUCUGAGAGAUGGCAGCAAGAAAUUGCAGGUAUAAAUAUAUCAAACUGUUUGUAACAAAAUGAUUCGUACCUUUCACCAGUGGUGGACACUCUUGGUGACAAAGGGAGAGUGCCUCCCCUCUCUCAAUGAAAUCUAAAAGCUUUUGAAUGAUAACUGAACAAAUGGGUAACAAAGCUGUAACAAUAGUUUUUCAACCAUGAAAUCAUUGGCAUGAAAUUUAAGGCAAAAAUCGUAGUUUAAAGAACUACGAUUUCCAGAUACAAAACGUGCUAAUAUGUUGGCAAUCUCCCUCCCCUUCCCCUCUCCCCGCCUCCCCCCAAUAUGUCGCGAAGUAUCGGCCACUGUCUAUCGUCGGGGCCCCAUUCCUGCAAUAUGCAGUGGUAUGGUUUUCGUGCCAGUCGCAUUCUUAAGGAGGACAAUGUAGGAAUGAUAAAGCAGGUACUAUCCAGUAGAAAUAAAGUUUGUAGUUUUGAUUGGAAUACUUCUUAUUUCAGAAACCGUAUUCGAAGUUGUGAACCAAGAAAAUGAUAAAUUAGACCAGAAACGAAAAAGUAAACUGGCAAAUAUUAAUGGUCAUGGUGAGUUAUCUUCACUUUUCACACAAGGUCCAUUUGUAAUUCAGUCACAAUUCCAUAUGGUUCAAAAGUUCAUAUGGUAAAUUUUAACUCACUCGACUGAGACCCCACGGUCUGGCUCGUCCUUCACAUAAACACUAAAACACGCAAUGAUUUUUACAUGCAUUAAGGCUGGCUUACACCAUCAAAGUUUCUGUGAUCACAGUAGGAACUUUGCUUGGGUAAAUUCUAAGUUUUGAAGGAUUUGCAAGAAAUUUUUGAGGGAAUUGAUUCAGUGUUAAAGUGCGACUAACCCCAAAUAUAAUUUUUGGUAUGUGUAAUAUUUGGGUCAUUCUGAGAAGAAAUGUAUUAAAUGUAUCUUUAUAGUAAAUAACCUCAUCUUGAUCAACUUUUUCACUGCCAAAGUUUCCGGAUAUGAUGUUAUUUGGUGAAUUGCAAAUUAGUUUUCUUUUGUUCGUUGCUCCAAAAAUUCACCUAAUGACAUCAUAUCCGGAAACUUUGACAGUGAAAAAGUUCACCAAGAUGGGAUUUUUUAUUAUCAAGAUGUAUUACAUUUCUUCUUCAAAUGACCCAAAUAUUACACAUACCAAAAAUCAUAUUAGUGGUUAAGUCGCACUUUAAUUAAACACUUUGUUAGUUCCCUCAAACAUUUCUUACAAAUCCUUCAAAAUUUAGAAUUUACCGAUGCAAAAUUCCCACUGUGAUCACAGAAACGUUAAUGGUAUAAACCAGUCUUUAGUGAGUUCCAUGUUCUUUCCCGCAGAAAGCGCUGAAGGCAGUGACCGUAUACUGGAAGGUUAUCUGUACAGGAUGGGCGGACCUUUUCUACCUGGCUGGCAAAAAAAAUAUUUCUUACUUUAUCCCAACAGGAUAGAGUGGCGUGGAGAACAGGUAGGUUUUAGCCCGCGUUGUCACCGCGUCGAAUUUAAUGGUUUCAUCAUACUAAGGUUUUCAACAUGUAAUACAGUGCCUAUCUGCCCCACCUAAAGAGUUCCUAAAAUGUAUUUUGUAGCAAAAUGCAACGAACUUGUUGUGUUGGGAAGACGUGACUUCGCUGGACGAAACAAACGUUAAAGGAUUCAAAUGUGUAAGAAUUGUAACUACUGAUACUAAAGAACAUUUAUUACGAGCUGAGGUAUGUUUCUUUUUUUUUGUGAUAUAAACUCGAACCGUCUUUGCCAGCGUAGGUAGUAACAAUAACAUUAAUUAUUAUAUGGCUUUUCAAAAUUCUCUAUUCUGAUUGGUUGACAAGCGGUCCGUAAAAACCCAUAUCCGGACCGUGGUCCGUAUUUUCCGUAUCUGGACCGGUGUCCCGGAUGUCGUUUAUCUGGCGGGAAAUUUUUGCUUUGCAAACAGAAAAUUUUUUUGCCUUUUAAAUUUCCAAUUGUGCUUUACAGAUAAAAAUUUCAAACAACCAAAUUGUUUUUGAUUAAGCAUGCAUGCCUAUCGUAUAUUGUUACCCAGUGAAACUGACGAUAGCUGAUUUAAUUCGCGCGAAAAGCAUAUGCUCACAGACUCAGUUCAGCCAUAUAAUAAACCGAUUAUUGACCUCGCUUGUUCGGUCUGUACUGUGAAAUAUCAGACCUCUGUUUUUUGCAUGUUAACAAAUUAAUGAAUUUUCAAAGCGAUUCCCAGCAGCCUUUCGCGCUCGUAUUCGGCUUUUUCGCUUUGCUCGUGGACAACCUUGAUUGAAAUAGCAUAUACUCACUUGGAUUAUCCACCAAACCCAGCAUUCUAGUUCGACCAAGUGAAGUGCGAGAACACCUUUCAAGUUACUCGCUGUUGUGACAUGUUUUCGACAUCAUACAAAUGGUAUUUGCGUGCAUUUGCCCAUUUCCUUUGUUGUUUCGUUCGUGAGCUUGAAAAGAAGAAUUUCCUGGCCAGCAACUGCAUAUUUUUUUUCUCGCAGUCUCAAACAGAAUACAAUGAAUGGUUGAAAGAAUUAAACCGAAGUUACAACCACGCGUUGGAGAUGAUGCGAACAGGAGCGAAAAUUAUUGGAGGGCGACUGUCAACGCAGUCGAGCAAAGACGAAACAGCGUAACACCUCAUUCAUACACAACCACCAUCUGAACUGCUUAACUUGCUUUUACUAACCAGUAUUAUAAUGAGAUCAGUGGAACAGGAACAGACAGGUACAUAGCCUGCAUGUGAGCGGUACACUCGUAAGAAAAUGGAAUGGAAUAAAGAAACGCGCGAACACGAAUAAGUGUCUCGUGGCACGUUACGGGAUAGUUCGUGAAACGGGCAAAAUGAUAUCUUGCGCAAAUUGAAAAUCUGCAUAAGUUGCAUAACGGAAUGGCUCGCGUUGUCCAAUCAGUAGAAAAAUUCAGGAGUAAAGGUGGAGUUACACGAGCAACAAAAUUGCUGCAAGUUGCAACAAAAUCUGAUUUCAACGCAUGUUAAGUAGAAAUGUCAUCGCAUGUUGCCUUGUGAUUUGUACAUUUAUGUGUAAACAUUUUCAAUUAACAUGCGUAGAAAUCAGAUUUUGUUGCAAGUUGCAGCAAUUUUGUUGCUCGUGUAACUCCACCUUAUUAGCACACUUGCAUAGAAAGAAACAACGUAAAUUUAUGAGUGUUUCAGUAAGCAAUACGAGGCAAUACUUGGUGGUCAAGGUCAGACGAGUUAAUAACACCUGUACAAGCAAACAACAUCUCACCAUUUUAUUUAUCCGCCAUUGAAUACAACACACUACACACAUCUUGUAGCAAGUCUGCCAGCAACUCGUCAACAAGUUGUGUUCGCACUGCUUGUCCAAAAUUGGCAACAAGUUUGGAACAAGCUGUUAACAACUUGUAACAACCUUGUUGGUAUUAUCAGACUUGUUGCAAGGUUGUUCCAACAAGUCCGAUGGAGUCAUGAUAUAACAAUAUUGUUACAACCUUGUGUCAUCAACCUUGUAACAUUCUUGUUGUAUCAUGACUGUAUCAGACUUGUUAGAACAACCCUGUAACAAGUCUGAUGAUGCCAUCAAGCUUGUUACAAGUUGUUAACAGCUUGUUCCAAACUUGUUACAACAACUAGGAACAAGCAGUGCGAACACAAGUUGUCGACAGCUUGUGAACAGAUUUGUGAAAAGCAUGAACAUUAUUUUCUCACUCUGAAAACUGCAGGUUGACCACCAUCUGCAGCACGAUAGUGCUUAGUGAAACACACGAAUGUGGGACAACAUAAUGGUUAACUCUUAAACGAACUUCAGUAAAAAUCGCACACAUAAAAAUCUCACAACUUAUCAACAACAUAUGUUCGCAACAGGCUUGUAGCAAGCUUGGCAACAAGUUGUAACAAUGCUGUUAUUUUAUGAAGUUGCUACAGGGUUGUCACUCACAACUUGUUGACAAAUUGGUGAAUUGCAGGACGAUAACAAGUUGUUGGAACAACUUGUAACAAGUCUGUUGAGCUCAACAACCUUGUAGCAAGUUGUAACAAUGCUGUUAUUUUAUCAAGUUGCUACAAGGUUGUCACUCACUUGUUGAAUUGCAGGACGAUAACAAGUUGUUCGAACAACUUGUAACAAAUCUGUUGAGCUCAACAACCUUGUAUCAAGUUGUUGUCAACCAAGCCGUUGACAACUUGUCAACAAGCUGGGAACAAGCAGUGCGAACACAUCCUGUUGACAAGUUGUUGGAACAGCAUUGCUACAAGUUUGCUGCAGGUUUGUUACAACUUGUCUGUUUUUACGUGUAUAAAACGCACAAGUUGUUACAUGUCUGCAAACAAGUUGUUACAAAUUUGUUCGCAAGCUGUCGACAAGUUGUGUUCGCACUGCUUGUUCCAAGUUGUUGUAGCAAGUUUGGAACAAGUUAUUACUGUAACAACUUGUAAUAAGCUUGGUGGCAUUAUCAGACUUGUUACAAGGUUGUUCUAACAAGUCUGAUACAGUCAUGAUAUAACAAGAAUAUUACAAGGUUGACGUGAUGACACAAGGUUGUCACAAUAUUGUUAUAUCAUGACUGUAUCGAACUUGUUGGAACAACCUUGCAACAAGUCUGAUAAUAUCAACAAGGUUGUUACAAAUUGUUAACAGCUUGUUACAAACUUGUUGACAACUUGGAACAAGCAGUGCGAACACAACUUGUCGACGGCUCGUUGACAGACGUGCUACAAGAUGUGAGAUUUUUGCGUGUGUAUUAGAAAUAUUUAGCUUCAUUCGCUUGCUACCAUCACAGUUUAUUUCUUAGUCUAUAAACUGUGCUACCAUGAACAGCUAUACAUUUGAAGUUGAGCACAAUGUGUAGCAGGAUACCUAUUGGUGGGUUGCGAUCAAUCCCUGGAGAUAUAUAAGACCUUUGCAUGGCAGCCAUGUUGGAGAAAAACAUGCUCCGAAUACACACGCAAAAAUCUCACAUAGUCAACAAGUCUGUCAACAAGUUGUGUUCGCACUGCUUGUCCCAAGUUGUCAACGAAUUUGGAACAAGCUGUUAACAACUUGUAACAACCUUGUUGAUAUUAUCAGACCUGUUACAGGAUUGUUCCGACAAGUCCGAUACAGUCAUGAUAUAACAAUAUUGUUACAACCUUGUGUCGUCAACCUUGUAACAUUCUUGUUAUAUCAUGACUGUAUCAGACUUGUUAGAAUAACCUUGUAGCAAGUCUGAUAAUGCCAUCAAACUUGUCACAAGCAGUUGUUAACAGCUUGUUCCAAACUUGUUACAACAACUGGCAACAAGCAGUGCGAACACAACUUGUUGACAGCUUGCGAACAGAUUCGUGACAACUUGUUUUUACAACUUGUGCGUUUUUACGUGUGUACAAUAGUUAAAGUUCCACAAAAAUAGCGGCCAUGACAUCACGCGCAAACCAAAAAUUGUAAAAACGUGACAGAUAGCUGACCGUUCCAUGCACCACAUGUGUUGAGAUAGUGUAAAAAGGUAUAUAUUAUUAAAUUCUAUCAAAUUUCUUAGGAAAGUUAUUAAAUGUGCCUAAAUUUUGGAAAACUGUAAUAUAGAAGCAUAUUAGAAGUGAUAGAUUUAAAUGUCAGAAAUUGAUUUACUGUGUGCGUGUUUCAAAUAUGAAAUGAAUUGAAAAGUUUCCUUCUCUGCUUAAACUAACUUUAUUUAUAGUGGAUAGCUCUAUCAGUUCAAA